AUGCGCGUGCCACAGUCAUGGGCCUCGGCGCUGCUUGUCGUGGUAGCAACGCUGGCUCGAGUGAAUGGUCGAGUUUGCCUUUCCACCUCGACUUUGUCUAACGGAUACUUGAUCGCAAAGAUGGGCGAGACCACCGAGAUCCUCACGUCUAGCUAUGACGCACCAGUCGUCCACCACACGGCUGCGAGCUUCGCUUCAGACUUGAUGCACCUGGUGCGCUCGUCACGUGUAGUUGUUCGAAACGUCACGUCGGCCUCGAUCAAGAUGCUCGCGUCGCAAAAGAGGGAAAGGACAAUCAUCUUUGGUAGUAUAAAUGGAUCCGGGUUCAUGCGUGAACUCGUGGCGAUGGAUCGGGGCGUGGCGAAGGAGGUGCAGAAGGUGCAAGGCAAGUGGGAGUCAUGGGUUUCGGUCGAGCUCAGUGCGGGAUCGGGAGUGGUGGUGAUGGGCUCGGACAAGAGGGGUGCUGCGUAUGCGCUUUACACGUUGAGCGAGGAGCUGGGUGUGAGUCCUUGGAAGUGGUUCGCCGAUGUAAAACCUACUAUGUCUCAUUCGGCUGUAUACUACUCGCCUUCGGCUCGUCCAUCUUCCGGCGGCGAUGCUUUUGGUUCCACUGCAUGCUCUCACGGUCCACCACUCGUCAAGUACCGCGGUAUCUUUCUCAACGAUGAAGCACCCGCACUCACCAACUGGGCACGAACGCACUUCAAAGGACCGUUUCCACCGAAAAGCGCACCUCAAUCUUUCAACGACGCACUGUACAUGCAUGUGUUCGAGUUGCUGCUACGCCUUAAAGCCAAUCUGAUCUGGCCUGCCAUGUGGUCGGAUUCGUUCGCAGUGGCCGGGCUGCGCGACCUCCCCAAUCGCGGAAUCAACGGCACCGGUGCAGCAGGACCGAAUCAGAAGCUCGCCGAUCGGAUGGGGAUCGUGUUCGGUACUUCGCAUCAAGAGCCCAUGGCUCGUAACACGCCUGAAUGGAACACCUGGUAUCAAGGUCCAUGGGACUACGCUACCAAUACCGAGAACAUCACCACGUAUUGGAAGUACGGUGUGCAGCGUGCACAAGGCCUCGAUACCAUGUUCACCAUGAGCAUGCGUGGAAAUGGUGACAAAGCACUCGCUGGAGCCAACAUGGAGCUGCUCCAGCAUAUCAUGGCCAAGCAAAAGAGUCUAUUGCCACACGACGAUCGCUCGAAUUCGAGCAAGGUGACAGUACCCAUGAUCAUGUGUCUGUACACCGAAGUGCAGGGCUACUACGACCAAGGCCUGCAGGUGCCCGAAGACAUUACAUUACUCUGGACCGAUGACAACUACGGCUUCAUACGCCGUAUUCCAACCGAGCAAGAAAAGACAAGAUCCGGUGGUGCGGGCCUUUACUAUCACGCCGACUAUGUUGGUCCACCUCGUUCGUACAAAUGGAUCAAUACGGUCAACCUGAUCAACGCCUGGGAACAGCUCAACGUCGCAUUCCUCAACGGCCAGACGCACAUGUUUAUGCUCAACGUCGGCGACUUGAAGCCGGUCGAAGUUCCGAUCCAUUUCACCCUGAGCAUGGCGUAUGAUAACAGCCACCUCGGUCAUGCUAGCAACGUCUCCACUUGGCUCGACAACUGGGCGAUCGACACCUUCGGCAAGGGCGAUGGGGAUCAGCACCUAAAGAUCGCACAGGUAGUGAGUGGAUAUUCGUGGCUCAACUCUCGCAUCAAGCCUGAGUUGGUCAAUGCAACAACGUGGAGCAGCGUGCAUUACGGCGAGGCGGAAAGCGUGCUUUCUGAAUGGGAGCGUCUUGUGUCGAUUGUACAGGACGAUCUGAUUCCGUAUUUUCGAGGCACACGCAACUGGGAUGCAUUUUACCAGUUAGUAGCGUACCCAACGCUGGCAUCGGCCAACUUGAACCGCAUGUACGUCGCUGUUGGACGCAACAUGCUCGCGGGGACGCAGGCCAAGAACUCGGCCAACAGCUGGGCUCGAACCGCACGUGAGCUGUUCCACCACGACGCCGAGCUCACCGCUGCGUACCACGCAUUGGCUGACGGCAAGUGGCAGCAUAUGAUGGCACAGCCGCACAUGGGCAGUCAAUACUGGCAGCAACCCAUGCGCAACACGGUGCCUCCCCUGAGCGAGGUACAGGUAGCUCAUUCCGAUUGGCCCGAUACGGCUAUGGGAAGCAACAUUCGCGUGAGUGUGGACGCAAGCAUGGGUGCAUGGCCCGGUGACAAUCAGUACAACUGUGCAGAUGGGUACAACUGCCCCGACCCCAGCUUGGAAGCGUUGGCAAGGUACGACGGUAACCAAAAGAGGAGCAUCUGGGUGAGCACAGCCGACUCGAACGCGUUCUCGUUCAGCGCGACUACCAACGUUUCUUGGUUGCACCUUGACGCUCGUCUUGCUUGGUCCAGCCCUCGAGCCGCUACCGGAAGCACGAAUCGCACGCAAACAUGGACUGUUUCACCGGCUACAAACAAGUGGUUUGAAAAGCGCCAAAAUGACACCAUCCUCGGUAUCGAUUUCGACGGAGGCGGAGGCGGAGGCGGCAACUUUGACGACGAAGUCGAGGUGUUGGUAGACGUCGACUGGUCUCACUUUGACCUGAUCAGCUGUAUUGGUACCUCGAGUGCGGCUAGGAUGCAGUCGGGCUUAGUGUACAUCAACACGACCAGUGCGGCUGCUGGACGCUAUGUCGGCAUGUCAGCGCCUACCAACGUCACGGUGACGCUGAGUGUCGACCCAUGUACGCUCUCGGCGUCUCGGUUGAUCUCGAAAGGCACCUUUGUCAGCUCCACCGAUGGAGCUGUGUCGAUGCUUGCCAAGCACGCCACCAUCGAGCCGGCACGCAACGCUUCCACUCGUGCCUACCUCGAACUUCUGCCCGGCUACGGACUGCUCGGAUCGGCAGUCACCGUGCUCCCACCCACUGCCGACUCCAUCCCUGUCGCAGACGGACCGUCGCUCGCAUUCGACUUUUUCGACGUCGCCGACUCCUCGUCCAGUGAUACUUGGGCUUGGUACAAUGUGACGCUCUGGCUGAGCCCGAUUCUCAACUACAGAGCUAAACGGCCGCUUCGGUACCUACUCGAACUGGACAACGAUCCAGCUUCGCGUAUUCUCGUGACGCCGGUGCCGGACAACAUCACGCCUGGCACCAAUUCGGCGGAUUGGGCAAACGUCAUCAGCGCCAAUAUCCGGAAAGUGACAACACUGCUGCAGAGCAAUCGCACCACAGCGGUAGCAGGAAAGCACAUGCUAAGGUGGUGGCCUCUGGAGCCAGGGUUGGUGCUGGAAAAGGUCGUGGUGGAGCCCAAAGCAGGCAGAACGCCGUUGACCAGUUUGGGUAUGCCCGAGAGCGGCAGAGUAGCGAUGGUGUAA